UUUCUUCUUGUUUUGUGCUCGGUGUGUGGUCGAAUAUGUCAAAUAAUAAUAGUUCCACUAAUUCUACUGACACAAACUCUACAACAACCACUACAACAACUGCCGAACCAACUAAUAUCACUGAUAACCUUUUACAAAGAUGUUAUGAAACAGUUUUAUCAGAUAACCAGAGCGAUAUAGUGAAGUACCUUAUGUAUUUUUGUGGUGGCUGGAUAAUAGUAUGGUGCUUAAUAACUAUAUUGGUAAAUAUUUGCCAUAAGAAUAAAGGGCACCAACGAUAUGUACACUUUUACGAAGAACUUUCAAUUAUUCUCCUGGCAGUUUGCAUGUGUAUUCUUAACUUUGUAUUCAAUCAUAAAUCAAAUAUCUGCAAAUUUGUGGCGAUUUUCAAUCAUUUUUUCAUGUGCCUGACAGCUUCAAUAUUCUUUGCGGAAGCAUUAUUCGCAUCGUCAAUGGUGCAUGGAAAAUCCGAUAAAAACGGAAGUAUUCCGUGGAUUUUGUACUACAUCUUCCCGAUUGUUCUUGCAAUAGGACCAACGUUAGCGACAUAUUUUCCAGAGAAAAAAUAUUAUGGAACAGCAUAUUUACACUGUUCUGCCAUUUCCACUGUGGAUAUGCUUUGGGGGUUUGUGAUUCCGGUAUGGGUUAUUUUAACGUUAGCUGGGCUGAAAGCGCAACUAGCGUGUAUUGCAUGCGACCGGCAACUACCAUCUCAAGAUAUUUAUCAAUGCUAUUGGGCGAGAAGAUCAGUAAAAUCAUUGGUUUUGAUUUCGCAGUAUAUAUUCAGCAUUUGGCUUAUGAUAUUAUUUGCUGCAGAACACCAGAAACUCUACUUGUUUAUUCUGGUCACCUUCAUGACACUCCUAUUUGGACCAGCUCUUUUUGUUUGCCACACAUAUGGACAUUUGAAUACCUGUCAGAAGUGGGCUGGUUCGGGGUGUUUUGCUAGUUUAUACGCUAUGUGUCCACCGAAACCUUCAACAUAUGAAAAAGAUAAAGAUGAUGAAGAAGAUGAGAAGAUUGAAAAUCCUCAGGAAAAAACACCUCUAGAAAAUGAAGAUGAAAAUCCAGAAAAGCAACCUGGAGCUGGCGACUCGAAAGAGCCAGAUGAGACAUCAGGAAAUAGUAGUCCGAAAAAAUCAACACAAAGAGGAAAAGGACUGGACCCCACAAAGCACACAGAGUCUCAAAAAUUCUACUCAUGGCUCACCGAUUCGAGCAAUAGCGGAAACAGUGGAGACAUUUUGUUUCGUCCAUCUGUUGCUUAGUGGCGCUAAAUGAUCGCAUUUUUCGAUUAUGUGCCUUCAAUUGUGUUGAUAGAAAAAUAUUUAUUAAACAUAAAGUGUUUUAUAAA